CAUCCGGCGUGUGUGUGUUGGGGGGGGUGGUCUGUUGGAAGUUGCGGCGGCGCUGGGACUGGAGACCCGCGGCCCCGGCGCAGCGAUGGGGAUGGUCUGAGCUCCAGCCUCUCCCCCUGCCCGAGAGCAGCCGAGGCUGGAUACAUUUUUUAAAAGCCAAACUGCAAACAACUCUGGCGAUGCCAAAAUUCCCCUCCAAGUGACACGGCUUUGCGAAGGAGGUUUCCUCAGGCUGGGCUCCUUAUUCGCUCUGCCUUCAUCAACGACGAUUAAAGGCUUUGCUCUGGCAAUAGGAAUUUAGAAAAAAAGAAAAAAGCUGCGCUAAACUCUAUCGUGACCUCAAACUCUUCGGACUGGUUUUUUAAAAAAAUAUAUAUCGAAAGAGAAACCAUCCUGAAAGAGAUUCAGCAUAGGAGGAGAUGGAAGUUUUCCCCUUGCUCUUGGUUUUGUCCGUCUGGUGGUCUCGAACCUGGGACUUGGCGAAUGCGGAUUCAAUCAUUCACAUCGGAGCAAUUUUUGAUGAAUCUGCCAAAAAGGAUGAUGAGGUGUUUCGCACAGCAGUUGGUGACCUCAACCAGAAUGAGGAGAUUUUACAGACUGAGAAAAUCACAUUUUCGGUGACUUUUGUUGAUGGAAGCAACCCUUUUCAAGCCGUUCAAGAAGCCUGUGAACUUAUGAAUCAAGGCAUCUUGGCCCUGGUCAGCUCCAUUGGCUGCACGUCAGCAGGGUCCCUCCAGUCGCUGGCAGAUGCCAUGCAUAUCCCCCACCUCUUCAUACAGCGCUCAACAGCUGGGACCCCAAGGAGUGGCUGUGGACUCACCAGGAGCAACAGGAAUGAUGACUACACUCUCUCUGUUCGCCCACCUGUCUACUUAAAUGACGUUAUCCUGAGAGUGGUCACAGAAUAUGCCUGGCAGAAAUUCAUUAUAUUCUAUGAUAGUGAAUAUGAUAUCCGUGGAAUACAGGAGUUUUUGGACAAGGUGUCUCAGCAGGGAAUGGAUGUUGCAUUGCAGAAAGUAGAAAACAACAUCAAUAAAAUGAUCACCACUCUCUUUGACACCUUGAGAAUAGAGGAAUUGAAUCGCUAUCGAGACACUCUUAGGCGAGCCAUCCUUGUUAUGAAUCCUGCUACAGCCAAAUCUUUCAUUACUGAGGUUGUGGAGACUAAUUUGGUUGCUUUUGACUGUCACUGGAUCAUUAUAAAUGAGGAAAUAAAUGAUGUGGAUGUUCAGGAACUUGUAAGAAGAUCAAUUGGAAGGUUAACAAUCAUCCGGCAGACAUUUCCAGUCCCCCAGAACAUAAGUCAGCGAUGUUUCCGUGGCAACCAUCGAAUAUCUUCAACGUUGUGUGAUCCAAAGGAUCCAUUUGCUCAGAAUAUGGAGAUUUCAAACCUUUACAUAUAUGACACGGUGCUUUUGCUUGCUAAUGCUUUUCAUAAGAAACUGGAGGACCGAAAAUGGCACAGCAUGGCCAGUUUGUCGUGUAUCAGAAAGAACUCCAAGCCUUGGCAGGGAGGGCGAUCCAUGCUGGAGACCAUCAAGAAGGGUGGAGUCAGUGGGUUGACUGGAGAAUUAGAAUUUGGAGAGAAUGGAGGAAAUCCCAAUGUCCAUUUUGAAAUCCUUGGAACCAACUAUGGAGAGGAGCUUGGCCGAGGUAUUCGCAAGCUUGGGUGCUGGAAUCCUGUCACAGGGCUGAAUGGGUCACUGACUGACAAGAAACUAGAGAAUAACAUGCGUGGAGUGGUUCUACGUGUGGUGACCGUUCUGGAAGAACCUUUUGUAAUGGUCUCUGAAAAUGUCUUGGGUAAGCCGAAGAAAUACCAAGGCUUCUCCAUUGAUGUUUUGGAUGCCUUAUCUAACUACCUGGGUUUUAACUAUGAAAUUUAUGUUGCACCGGAUCACAAGUAUGGAAGCCCACAAGAAGAUGGGACAUGGAAUGGCUUGGUAGGAGAACUAGUCUUUAAGAGAGCCGACAUAGGGAUUUCUGCUUUAACCAUCACCCCGGAUCGUGAGAAUGUAGUGGACUUUACAACACGCUAUAUGGACUACUCAGUGGGAGUACUACUUCGAAGGGCUGAAAAGACAGUGGAUAUGUUUGCCUGUCUUGCACCAUUUGAUCUGUCUCUAUGGGCAUGCAUCGCUGGCACUGUUCUUCUGGUGGGUCUUCUGGUCUAUCUCCUGAAUUGGCUUAAUCCUCCACGAUUACAAAUGGGAUCAAUGACUUCUACUACUCUCUACAACUCUAUGUGGUUUGUGUAUGGAUCCUUUGUACAGCAAGGUGGAGAGGUCCCAUACACAACUCUGGCUACUCGAAUGAUGAUGGGGGCUUGGUGGCUAUUUGCACUGAUUGUCAUCUCAUCUUACACAGCAAAUCUUGCUGCUUUCCUCACUAUUACCCGCAUCGAAAGCUCCAUCCAAUCUCUCCAGGACCUCUCCAAGCAAACGGACAUCCCUUAUGGCACAGUACUGGACUCUGCAGUAUAUGAACAUGUCCGCAUGAAGGGAAUGAAUCCUUUUGAAAGGGACAGCAUGUAUUCCCAAAUGUGGCGGAUGAUCAACAGAAGCAAUGGAUCAGAGAAUAACGUUCUGGAAUCCCAAGCAGGCAUUCAAAAGGUAAAAUAUGGAAAUUAUGCUUUUGUGUGGGAUGCAGCCGUGUUGGAAUACGUGGCUAUCAAUGACCCAGAUUGCUCAUUUUACACCAUCGGGAACACGGUUGCUGAUCGAGGAUAUGGAAUCGCACUGCAACAUGGCAGUCCUUACAGGGAUGUUUUUUCACAAAGGAUCCUGGAGCUUCAGCAGAAUGGUGACAUGGACAUCCUGAAGCACAAAUGGUGGCCCAAGAAUGGCCAGUGUGACCUGUACUCCUCAGUGGACACAAAGCAGAAAGGAGGUGCCCUGGACAUAAAGAGCUUUGCAGGAGUCUUUUGUAUCCUGGCGGCUGGAAUUGUCCUCUCCUGCUUUAUAGCCAUGCUGGAGACGUGGUGGAACAAGAGGAAAGGCUCCCGGGUCCCAUCGAAAGAGUUCCAAGUUCUAAUUCAGUGACAUAGUCCUGAAAGAUUUGCCACAUAAGGUAUAAUAAGCUCCGUCCCUGCAGAAUGAAACUACAACAUCUGAAAGAAGGAAUCCUUGGCCAUUGAGGCCAUGUUUGAAACUUGGCUCCAAUACCUGGAGAAGCCAGGCAUCCACUCAUGGCCUGCACCAAUCAUCACAACUGGGAGGUCCUCUGGAUGAUCCGUAACCUCAGCCAGCAUCACAGCUACUGAUCUCUUUCCCAUCUACUGACUUCAGGACCCAGUAGUUCCUGAAUACCCAAAACUGGUGAGCUGAUGUACUAUAUUCUGUGUUAAAAAUUCUUAUUCAGUUCAAGGAAGUCAAACUCACCAGAUCGUGACACCCAAAAAUCUUUGUUGUAAUCCACUUAGAGAAGAGCAACAACAGGACUGCCAUUUUCAACCAAAGGUGAUGGGUCUCACCCAAGCCAGCCCAUUAGCCUUGGAGGGGUGCUUCUAUGCAGUGGACUUCUUACCUAUGUGUCCUGGCCAGGAGCACUCACGCUGAGGUCCAAGUCUGUACCAUAGCAGCUUUGUCCUCCAGCUUCUGCCUGUUUCAGACACACUCCAGUCUCAGCUGUGGGUCUUGGGACUUCUGAUGGCCAAGUGUUCAGGAAGACAUGGAGGACUAAGGAGGAUGUGCCUUGGCAGCAUUGAAGCAGAAAAAGACACAGGCCUCUUCCAACCCUACUGAAAAACUGGUGAUUGGGAUGAAUCAUCUUUGGGGAAUUUUCUCACAGAGCUCUCUCCAUAGUACUAAAACGUUGUCUUCACAUUUGCCCAAAUGAUCCACUUUUCUCUAUGCGAGGGACAUUGCCUUCACCCCCAGUGGCCAUCAGAUAUCUGCAUUCGGCAUGGAUCCCUGGCUAUUGUAGAGCCUCCCAUUUGAAUCUACAUCUAGUAGAUUUGUCAUUGUAGAUAAAGACCUUGGAUCAUGAGAUUACGCUCUGGAACAGCAGUGCCUGUGUACACUCCCUACCACCAAAAUAACUGAGUAUUCCCUAUACCCAGUUCCCUAUUCAUCUAUAAUACCUCUUCCGUGCAAAUCAUUCUCUUACAAGUAAAACGUGGAAGCACCCCAUAGAACAUCCCAAUCCCUCUUGAAUUUGACCAGUUUUUAUUGAGGACCUAUCAUGUGCCCAGCACUGUAUUAAAUUCUGAGACUACGACAAUGGGUGAGUCAUAGUGCUUGCCCCUAAGAAGUGUAUAUUCCAGUGAGGAUGUCAGACAACUUAACAGCAUGGUGAGUGCUAGAGCAUUGUAAUGAUGGCCAUGAGAAUUCCCUCAUCUGUUUUUUGACCACCCAAGGAGCUCCUAGUUGCCCAGGCUGACUCACAGAUGAUCUUCUAAUAUGCCAAAGCAACCCACAAGAUUCAAGCCAACAAGUGGUGUCCCCAAGGGACCCCCUGCAAAUGGCGAUCCUAUGGAUUCUGGUUACUAAUGUAUUAUUUCUAAACCACCUGACUUUUAAACAAGGUAGAUGCUCACUUACUAAGCGCCUUCCCAUCAUGUCACCAAACUGCUAGCCAUCAGAUUGUAGCUGCUCAUGGGUGGAAUCAGUUUGUAAAGCUGGAAAAUGUGGCUUCAAGUUUGGGUCCUGGCACUUAUUAUGACUGCAGGCAAAUCACAUAAACUCUUUGGUCUUUGGUGUCUUUCUUUGCAAAAUGAGAAUAAAAACAUUAUAAACUAGACCUACCUCACAGGGUUGUUGUGAGAAUCGAGUGAAAAUGUAUAUGAAAGCACUUUGCAAACUUUGUUAUUUUUGAUCACCCCAUUUCUCAUGGGUUCUUCCUUCCCCCUACCAAAUACAAUGCUACAACUUACCAGAAGGAUGUGCUAUGACACCAGCCCCCCAGGCAAGUGAAUGACACAAAGAAGAUGAAGUACAGGCCCUCCUGGAUAUCUGGUUUCAGUAUGAGAAUUCUGAUACCUCACAAGAUGGCAAGUAGAGAAGCCAUAGGACCAAAGCCAGGGUCCUACAGCCGUAUAGACAUUCCACUCUUACCACUUCACUGGAGCCAGCCACCAGUCAGCCCUCUUCGUGGAAGGCUUUCCCCAGAACCUAUUGUAGAGAACCUACUCUUGGCCCCAGUGAACUAACCAGACAACAAUAAUUCAGGGAAUCACAUGGGCUCUAGCUGCCAAAGGAAUCACCAGCCAGUCCAGUGGGGAACAUACCUCCCAAGAUAGAGCGAGAAGACUUGGUAAAAGGAGACACUGACUCAAUUAAACAAAAUACAAGCCAUCCUUACUACCUGACCUACUCUAGUUGGGCUGGCGAGAGAAAGUCCUAGGCAUUCAUUUAAAGCAAAGAUUUGGUGACACAUUUCUUCUCUAAGCACAGUUUUUCCCUCAAGCCAACCUGGCUCUUGGCUUUCUGAUUUUGACUUGUCUGUUCCCCGUCUAACAGACAUGUGCUAAGAGGUACUCAGGGGCUUGCAAGUCUUAUAUGUUCCUCACACACACACACACACACACACACACACCCUAGUGAGGAAUCCUACACAGUUUCCUAUGCAAGCCCCAUAGCCAAGCCCUAACCUGACCUCCUACUUCUGGUGAGUCAAAAUGGAUUCUGGGCUGGCUAAUCUAAUUUGAGUUCAGUCUCACUGGAACAGUCUAACCCAAGUUGGAAUGCUGACUAUAUUUCAGUCCUGGGUUGCAGUUUAAAUAGAGUACCUAUGGAGCCAUUGAUACCCAGAAAUCCUUUAAGGAAAAAAAUUGAUUUUUGCCUUCUACUUCAAAUACACCACUUGCUCCAACACUAAGAACAUAUUAGAAUGUACCUCCAGAAAUAGCAUGAAGUUUCUGUAAUAGAUCUCCUGAGUGAAGAGAAUGAUGAUUAUGUACCCAAAGAUCAGACAGGACUGGCAUCCCACAAACUCUGGAGUAAGCUCAUAAGCCUAAAAUAUAUAAGUUCAGUCAUAAUCCAGUCUUCAGUUUUCUGGAAAAAGGAAAGAGGAAACAAAAGGAGAACAAAAAUGUCGAUUCAAUGUUUAUAUCAGUUUUCAAAAUGUUUUUAGAUAUAAUGAUAUAAUAAUUCACAAUAUCCUCUUUGCUGUAUGUCAGAACAGCUGAUCUAAUAUACCAACUCAGUGAGCUGAGAAGUUCCCAAAUCUUUUCUAUAAUAUUAAAUUUUCAUUUUCAAUAUUUUAAUUUAAAAAAAAAUUAAAACAGUGUCUUAGAGUUUACAAUCACGACUUGUUGUGGGAAGGGAGCCAGAGAGACUCAGAACACCAGCCACCCAAGGUCAGAGGCACUGAGCCAAAGGACCCAGCAACGAGAGGCCCAAGCCAAGAAGAAAAGCUGUUGCUGAAAUGACAGACCAAGCAUAUGAAAUAAGAUGAUCUCCAGGUCAUGGUAGUUGAGAAAGAAGAAUAGACAGAUCCAAAUUGGGAAGCAGAUUAAGAUGUUGGAGUAUGUAUCGGGACGAAUACAGCUGGGCAGGAGAAGGAGGCAUCUUGGCCACAUGUUGUCUGUCUUACAGCAGCUUUUCCUGUGAGACCCAAUAUUAUAGCCUAGUUUUUCAGAAGCAAAACCCUCAGUAUCGCUGAUGUCACUUACAGAACCAGCCCAAAAUAGAAUGCUUUCCUUACCAACAGACAUAGCUUUUGCUGUCUUCGUUGAUACAAUUUUCUUUUUCAGAGAUUUUUAUUUUUUUUCAUAAGUCUUUGAUAAUUGAUUUUAUCAAUUAAAAAAUAAAUAAUAACUCAAUAAAUAAUUUCCCUGGUGGAAUUCCAAUUCCUUCUUUGUUGAUUACAAGUUUAAUUAACAGUUUGCCUGCCCUUGCAUAGCCAAGACUUUGCAAGAGGGAAAGAAGGUUCUAACAUAGAUUACAUGUAAGUGAAUGAACUGGAAACAAUUACAGUGAAACACCAGGCAAGGGUAGACAAAGGGAUGUCUGAUAGCAACACAUAGCUUAACCUUAAUCUGCAAAUUGUACCUCUCUCUCAAAAGUCACAGGUGAUCAACUCUCCCACUGCCUCAUCAGGACACAGAAACUGCCAAGAGAAAGACAGACAGACAGACAGGGUAGAAAAGAAUCAUGCAGACAGCAUUUUGCAGAAGGAGGUAGCUGGAUGCAGAGACCAGCCACUCCCCAUGCCUGGCAAGAGUGCCAGGUUUUUCAUAGAAAUCACAUUAGAAGUUGCAGCAGUACGUGGAACCAAGCCAGUAGACAACAACAGUGGGGACAGUGGGACAGAUUCUGUAAUUAAAGACCGAACCCAGCACACUUCCAAGUAGAUGAAGAGCUCUGUACUGUUGGCAACAAGGAACUGAUUUUGUUUAAGUGAAUGUUCUUACUGAACCUGGUAAAUCAUGAAUAAGUAUGAAAAUAAAGGAAAUCGGUGGAUUACAGUCCUUGGGUUAAGAAUAAAGAAGAUAAUCUGAAUGGUACCAGGAGAAAGAGAUCCACAAACUCCCUAACAGGAGACACUGGAAGUUGCUAACAGAGGAGCAUGGUUGGUUGUGUCCUUUCCAAAAUGCUGUGUAUACAGUUAUGCUUAACCUGAUUGCCUAGUAAAUUGCAAAUGGUUCUUAUCUUUUGUGUGAGUUCAAUUCUUCUAUAUUGAGUCUUUUCAUGGUAUUUAUAAAGUCCAGAAUUUAUUAGGAACUUUCAGAGUUAACAGGGCACUUGUUUCUGUAUGACGCAGACACUGAUAACUGCCAGCAGUAUUCUAGAAUGGCCCCGCCAAAUAAGCAUCAAUUCUUUACUUAAUAAAAUCUAUUUUAAACUGAAUAUGUAUAAAGUACAUCAGGAAAACUUAAUAACUUCUAUUACAGCAACCCCUAGUGUAAAUACAAUCCCAAAUUUCCUGUCUUCCACUCACCCACAAACAAAACUAAAUUUCUGUGAGCUGAAAAUCUAAACAGAGAGUAUUACAUUUUUACUAGACACAAAAUGUGACAGUAACUAAACCACUAUUUGAAGGAACUAAUAAAACAAAGUUAAACUGCUUUUAAGUAUUCUCUCUUCUCACGUAUGUUGAUUGAGGACCAUUCAUUUUCCAGAUGCUGUGUUAAGCAAUGUGUCUAACAUUGUGGGCAAAAUCAUGGAGUCCGUACUCUGGGGUCAGAGAAUGAUAUUAAAUAAAUAAUCAUACCAAUGAAUGUGUAAUUGCCAACUGAGAUUAAUUCCCUAAGGAAAGGAACAAGAUACCUUAAGAGUAUAUCACAAAGAACCCUAACCUAGUUUGGAAGGCUUACUGAAAGAAAUAAAAAUCUCAAGCUAAAGUAAGAACAAUGAGUAGACUUUGAGGUGGAGAGGAGGAGAGGUAGGGAGUAGAAAGCAUUUCAGACGGAGGGACAGCAGGGAGUGGUUCUUCAGUGAGAGAAAACUCAUCUGAGAACUGAAAAUGCCGAUGACUGGGAGAAUCAGCAGUAGGUCCACGGGACUGGAGCCCUGGAAACGAAGGUAAGAGGGGUAGGCAUUGAGUUAUAAAUGUGGGUGUUUAUCAAAGGAGACAGUCUUCGAGGCCACACGAAGGAACUCAGUCUACAGCCUAACAGAAUUCAAAAGUGUUGCAGGUUUUUCGGAAAGCCAUAUCUUGAAAUUUUGUUUUGUGUUGUACAUGGAGAGAGUAUUCAAUAUAGACACACUGAGUGAAUUCAGGAAGGUUUUCUGAUCUCUCCACAAAAGAUCCUAGAGAACUGUCAUUACGUUAUCCUAAAUUGAAUUAUCAGAACCCAUUACUCCAAACCUUCCGCGUCAGGAGGCAUUCUGAGCUCUACAUUCCAGCGGUGCCAAGAGUAUCCUCACUGCAUCCCCUCCUGUGUGCAAGAAGGAAUUCCAGCUUUUAAACCGAUCCAAAAACUGUCCCCACUAGCCAUAGUACAGAUGACAAUAUUUUGGAAGCUUUUAUGACAGUAAGUGAAGGGAUCAUUAGUAUUUACUGCUCCACAAGGGGCAAAGGUUCAACUUGGGAUGUAAAGAGGAAAUAAAGGAGCUUUGGAAAGACAAGUGCUAUGGCCAGCCACAUGCACACCAAUAGCAAAGUUAGGUUGCAAUCUCUCCUCCCUGGACCCUUCCUUCACCCUUGCCUUCAGAGAGUCCCCUGUGCGGGGAUCUUGGGUCCCCCUGAAGACUAAGGUGCAGGCUUUCUCAGUUCUGCUAAAUCAGUGCUCACUUGUCCAUCUGCCUCCAUUUUGUAAGAAUUUGUUGCCAUCUUUCAUUUGUUAUGGUCUCCUCAGCCAUUCUCUUUGUUCUGUGGGUUUAUGCCUUUUGUGUCCUUUUUUUAAAAUUUGUCUUAUUAAUUAUGUUUGAGGAGGACUUCUGUGUGUUUAAUCUGAAAUAAUUAACUGGAAUUUUCUUAUUGUUUUAAUUUGCGUUUCCUGGUUGAAUAUGUUUUUCAUCUUUAUGGACCAUUUCUAUUGCUCCUUCAUGAACUACCUGUUCUUAUCUUUUGGCUGUUUUUCUUUCAGAAACUAGUCAUUUUCUUAUCAAUUUUAAUAGUUCCUCUUUAUAUUAUGUCUGUUAACUUACCGUGU